CGCCCCAAACCAGGGUGGUUUUCUCCUUCCUCCCCCAUCCUUCUCACAAAACCCACGGAAGAGGCGAAAACAGAGGAAGCUUUCAAAAACGAUCGAGAGAGAUCGAUCGCGAUUCGCCAUGGCGACGGCGCAGAGACCAGCUCGGAGCGACGCGCAUCUCCCGCCGGAGGAGGCGGCGAGGAUCGAGGCGGAGGUGCGGGGCUACUUCGCGAAGGUCGCCCCGAGACGCCACACGAAACCCUCUCGGAGCGACUGCGACGACGACGACGACGACGACGCCUCCUCCUCCGAUGCUCUCCAAUUCUCCCCCGAUCAACUCCCCAUCCCCGAGCUCGAGAAGCUCCGUCGCCUUGUAUCCGAUCCCCAGAAAUUGGUAGCAGAGGGAAGCGAAGUGGUAGAGGAAUUCGUGGAGACGGAGUAUUACAAGGAUCUCAACUGUGUUGACAAGCUACACUACACGCGGUGCGAUCUCAACCGUGUUGACAAGCUGCACUGCACGACUGGAAUGGGCUUCAUCAAAGUGGAGAAGCCCAAUAGUAGCACUAUUGAUCUGACUACUACUUCGCAUUCUACUGCAAGCAAUGUGUGUUUUAAGGGCAACCCUGCGACGAAUGAUUGGACCCCAUCUCCUGAAACGGUUAUUCUCGUUUCAAACAAGCCUAAUCGGAGCGACGGCUGAUUUUCAUCCGACUGAAGUUUGGCUUUAGUAGGUAUCUGUCUCGAGCUCCUUAGAGAGUAAGAUUUAGUGUGCCAUAAGGAUAAAAAUGAAAAGGGAAGUUGCAAGUUUGAAGACGAGUUUAUGCAUGAGUGUCACUAUUAUAUGUAAUUUAAACGCUAAGCCUUCCACUUGCUUGUGCUGCUACUCUGCUGUCGCUACUUUAAACCCUGAUUGUCGUGUAUACUAUCUCAGCAUGGUUUCCGAGGCUUGUGGAAAUGCCCUCUUUAUGCUUGGAUUUGCCGUUUUACUGACAUUGUUUGGUUUGCUCUGGAUGAAUCAAUGGUUUGGGUGAUCUUGUGCACGCA